AUGCCCCCUUCUUCUACAGACGACUUUAAAAUCGUCUACAGGCCACAACCCAGACUCGAUUUUUCGAAGUGGAGUCUAACAUCAAUUACGCACGCUAUCGCACGAUCAAGCGGUCUCACACAACAGGAUUUCUAUGACAACGUUCGAGUUCAAGUGCAAAAAAUUGAAAAGAUUAUCACUGCUAGUACUGCCGACGCAGAACGCGCAACCAACCUGAGAAGCAUUGCUACCAUCCAGUUAGGCGGCACUUUCUUCAGUGUGAACUGCCACGUGAGACAUCCCGACGAUGUAUGCGGGGGUGUCGCCUACGGGCUUCUCCCAGGAACCAGCAGUGCCGAAAUUGUAGCUGACCUGCGAGUCGACUCACGAUACACGGUCCUUGGCGCUCCCAAGCUUGGUCAGUCUUCCACCGCCAUCAUCACAUUCAAUGGCCUACACGUCCCGUACUACAUCACCUACCAAAGUGGAUACUACCGCUGCAAACCCUAUGGAAAGUCUGCGCAGUUCUGUCGCAAAUGCGAUGCCCUUGGGCACCGACAAGACAUCUGUCCCAGACCAAGAGAAGGCUUCUGUUAUAAGUGUGGACAAGACGCAGUCACCACAGAUCACGAAUGUAUUCCAAAGUGCAAAAUAUGCGAACAGCCCCAUGAAGCCGCCAGCAAGGAAUGCAAGAAGAAGCUAAGACCAAACCCAUCACCUUACCAAGUUAGACAACAAACACUCGAGAAGGCGAAUGCCCGAGAGAAUGGUCGUAGUUCCCGCAGUGAAGGCUUCACCGAGCUUGACAAACCAUCUCCUAGCCCCAGCGGCACACUGCACGACAAGCGCGGCCGAAGCAAGUCUAGGUCUAUUCUGCGAUCGCGCCCCAGGUCUCACACAAGAUCCCGCUCAUUCUCCACCCAACGCCUCAGCUAUGCUGAUGACAGUCGCGUAGAUUCGACUUCACAGAACAACUAG